AACAGGAUGAGGUUAUAACAUUGGAAAUGCAAAUCAAGCAACGUUCAGAGCAGCAGAAAAAAGCUGGUGUUGAACUUGAUGCAACCUGUCACAUAUGCCUUAAGACGAAAUUUGCCGAUGGUGUUGGACACAUUUGUAACUACUGUAAUACAAGAUGCUGUGCUCGUUGUGGAGGCAAAGUGACACUACGCAGCAAUAAGGUCAUCUGGGUGUGCAUAUUGUGUCGUAAAAAACAAGAAUUAUUAUCAAAGACUGGUCAAUGGAUGAAUAAGGGAGCGGUACAACAAGAUGGUUUCAUAAGACGCAAUGAACCGGAUGGCAGUAGUGAUAUUUCGCAACAGGCAAUAGUAGAUCCUCAUGAUACGCUCGACAAACGACCAAAACUCGAACGAACGCGAAGUGCAGCGGAAAAGGAAAAUCUGCCGCUGCAACGUUCGGGCAGUAUGCUAAAGCGACAAUAUUCACAGCAGGAACAAACAACGAAUCAACGGAUGAUGGGAAACGAUGGCGGCAUGGAUAUGAUAAGUCCGGGACAACGACAACGUAUGCAGCCCAUGACACCGCAACAAAUGCAACAGCAACAACAGCAGGCACAAUAUAGAGGACAGACGUUGAGUGGGGGUGGAGGCAGCUCAACAGCCUAUCACACCGAUGAAGAUCCUAGAUUAUAUCAGGGUGAAAUUGAUGGCUUAAUGAAACAGCAUCCCCAUUUGGCUCAUCCCAGUCAAAGACAACAGCAACAAUAUCAAUACCAACAACAGCAGCAACAACAACAACAGCAGGCACAUCAUCAACAAUAUGCUAGCAGCCAACAAACACAACAUGCUAUGCGCUCUCAGCAACAACAACAACAACAUUUGCCACCCAAUGCUACUUCUUCCUCUAUUUCCUCCUACCCCCAACACCAACAACAACAAAGGCUUCCAGUAUCUCAGCAAUCGCAUCAUCCCCAUCAUUUGCAGUCAUCCUCUGCGGCUGCAUUACAUCAUCCACAAUCACAGCAUGCCUACGGUUCAGCACAAAUGUCAUCAUCCUCUGCCGCCGCUUUAAAUGCUCAGUUGCCAACGCCGCCUUUAGCCGGCCCCAUGUCGGCUUCUGUCUCCUCCGCCACUGCGUCUCAGGGCUAUCAGAAACCUCCACCCAUACAACGUAAUCUAACCAUUAGUGGUGGUCAUGCUAUGGAUCCCACUACCUACAAUGCACGUCGCCAUCUGACCACCAACACCCAACAACAACAACAAUAUUCCAUACAACAACAAAGAAGUUUCAAUACCUACGAAGAUGAACUACCAACGAAACAAAUGCUUUCACAGCUUCAGACAUCAGCCGUUAAUGCUGCGCAACAGGCGCAGCAGCAACAACAGCAACAUCAAUAUGAGUUUGAAGCAUCUUUGCGUGUGGAACCCUGGCGCCAGCAACGAAGUCUUAACGAACGUGAUCUUUUAAGUGUAAGCAAUUCAUAUGCCUCGGACUACCAUCGAUUGUCGUCUAGCAAUCGUUUGUAUUCAUCAGCAGAUCGUGAUCGUUACGAUUUGCAUCGUGAAAGACUGGAAAAAUAUCCUUUAACACGUACAGCACGCUUGGAUGUACAACAGCGUAAUACAUUUAAUCGCUCUAAUCACGAUCGGCAAACCGUGGGUCUAAGUACGGGCCUUGAAGGCGGUCGAGUUGCAGGAGGAGGUCUUAGUGGUGGUAGUGAGACAUUUUAUGGUGUUAGAAGAGCUCCACCCUUGGCUACUGCUGCCUCCAGAGGUGUGGCCGGUAGCAACUAUACGCACAACCAUAAACAGCCACAAAUCGUUAUAGGCGAUACUGGACAUACAUUGGCUUCUAAAGCCUCAUCAAACGCCACAUCUCUAUAUGAACGUUAUAUAGGCGGUAGUGCAACUAUGGCAUCAUUAACGGGAUCAACAGCUGAAGGGGCCACCACACGUAGUUUAAGUCGUGAACGUAGCUUGGUAGAUGGUUAUCUAGAUGAAUUUCCCAGUCCUGGCUCAACACUAUCGAACAAAGCUCAAGAUUCACGUCGCUUUACGGAACGUAGAAUAAAAAAGACAGUACGUUUUGAUGCACACGACGAUGAAGAUCCAUUAGUGCCAGGCCUAACGUCUCUACCGCCGGUCACCACCAUUUUACCUUCGACGGCGGUGGAUGUGGGCGUGGCCACAAUAUUGACCAGCGCCAAAUUGGGCGCCACAAACACUGCCACUAAUAAUAGUAGUUUAAGUGACAAUGCCAAUAACUGGUCUCGUCAGUGGGACAGUGAGCGGCAGGGAAGUCAAGAUUCUGCCACCAAGGAUUCGGGUAUUGAUACCAGCAGUACCUUUACCAGUAGUGAAGAUUCCAAUCGUGGUGAUGGCCUUAAGCAACCGGUGAAUUGGCAAAUAUCGGCGGACAAUACUCGCAUGAUUGGUCAUAUGAUAUUACGUAAAUACUACGAUGGCGAAGAUAUUCUAGGCUUAAAAGUAUUGGGUGGUCAACCGGUAACCUACGAACAAAGUAGUCAUUUAAUUGGUGGUGCUGCUGGUGGUGGUAGUGGUGUUACACAUCUCACAAGUUAUGGUGCUGUAGUGGAAAAGGUGAAAAGAGGAUCAGUGGCGGAUAUAGAGGGCCACAUAAAACCAGGUGAUGAAAUUAUUAAAUGGAAUGGUCAUAUUUUACAAAAUAAAUCGGCCGAUGAGGUCUAUGAUAUUAUCGAUGAAAGUCGUUUGGAUGCUCAAGUUGAACUGGUUGUCUCAAGACCCGUUAUCAGUUCAAACAAUUCGUCUACAACAGCUGCAACAACAUCAACGGCAUCUGCUACUGCUGCUACUGCAAAUCAGUCUAAUCGUAAAGUGCCUGGUAAUUCAAUUGCCAGUUAUAUAGCGGGUAGUGCUGUGGUCAGCAGUGGCGGACGUUAUGUUCAAAGAAAAGCACCCCUAGUCGAUGAUCUUGAAAUACAUCGUGAUAAACCGAGCGUACUUAUAACAUCACCCGGAUCACCCGAUUUACAUGCAAAUAAUAGUAGUAGUGUUGGUAGUGUUAGUGGUGCUGGAACAGCAGGCGGUCUUACACUAAGACACAGUGCGAAUGUGGUACGCACCUACGAGAGUACAGUACAACGUUUGGGACCAAAAAACGUAUCAACCGCUAGUAACAGCAGUAAUUCGGUCAGUAGUUGUAGUAGCGGUAGUAGUAGUAUUACACAAGCACCACCGCAAAUACCACCAGCAUCGGCAUCGUCGACACAAGCAGCAGCAACAACGACGGCGGGCCAUUAUCAUCAUUCACAUCAUCAUCAUUGUCAUCAAGUACCACCACCGGCCACGCAUACGUCGUCAGCGUCGUCUUAUACAUAUGGCUCGGGUUUGGGACCACAGCAACACCACCAGCAGCCGUAUACACUACAACAGCAACAGCAGCAUCAAACCUCACAUACAGGAGCUAUGGUCGGUCCUAUACCCCUGCAUAUUGAGGGUGAAUUACAGAUGAAAUUGGGCUAUGAUCAGACAACGUUACAGUUGAUUGUAACAAUUGUAUGUGCCACCGGUUUGACACUGCGUCAAACUGGUAUUGCCCGUAAUCCUUAUGCAAAAGUGUUCCUUUUACCCGAUCGUGGUACAAAAUCUAAAAGACGCACGAAAACUUUAGCCAAUACCUGUGAACCUCGUUGGGGUCAAACAUUUGUUUAUACCGGUUUAAGACGUUGUGAUUUAACGGGCAGAUAUUUAGAGGUCACCCUGUGGGAUUAUGUACGUUAUGGUGCCAAUGAUUUCAUUGGCGAAGUUGUUAUUGAUUUGGCCCAUCAUUCAUUGGAUGAUGAAGCAGAUUGGUAUAAAUUACAACCUCAUCAGGAUACCUCAUAUCUCUUACGCAGUCAUGAUUCAUCAUCCCGAGAUGUGGAUAUAGUGCUUUUAACACCCAGUGAUCAUUUAUCACCACCCAGUACUACAUCACGUCAUAGUGAUUCUGAUACCAUGUCUGAAAUUGAUUAUAUAUCACAACGUGAUGGUGCCAGUAUCUCAUCCAUGGGAAGUUCAGCCAGUACACCACCUCCAGAGGCUCCUGGCGCACAAAGUGGUUACUUUCGUCGUAAUGGUGCUACCACCACUGGUCCUGGUGGCAUGAGUCUUAGCCAACGUAGUCAUUCAGCUGCUCCAAGUGAUGCCUAUCAUAGCGGUUACUAUCGCAGUUCCAGUCCAAGACGUGGCUCAUUGUCACCGCCUGAGUAUAGAGGUCACGAUAUAGGCAGCAUACCGCCUUACAGUGGUGCCACCUCGAUAAUCACACCGUACGAUAGUGGGGUGGGAUCGUCGUCAUCACAGCAGCAACGUUUUCAAUCGCGCUCAGCGACUGCCACGCCGACUGGUUCGCCCAAAAAGAGACAACUGCCAAAGGUCCCCCAAACAUCACGCAGCGCUAUGAUACGUGAUCGCUUGGGACAGGAGUUCGAUGAUCGUUUAACGUCUGGUAACGGUGGUGGUGGCCGUUUCGGACGACAUCGCACACGUCAGCCACAUCAUCAGCCAUUGUAUCGUAGUACCGGUGGCGGUGGCUGGGAACGUCAUUACACCGGUGCUUCGGACAGUGAUCUGCACUCGAUGGAAACUCGUAUGCGACCACGACAUUCCCUAUCGCCCGACAAAGAUUUUAUGGGUGAAUUCGGUGAUUCCGAUAUGGAGUCAGUAGUUAGUGUAACAUCAAGUUCUUUCUCCACACAAUCCGAACGGCCACGAGGGUCCAGAGGUCUCAGUAGCUUACCACGUAAUUGGCGCUCUUAUUUUGGGCCCAACAGUAUAACAACUGCUGGCCCCAGUAUGCGUCUAGGUGGCGGCGACGACGGCGGCGGCAGAGGUGGUUUCUUUGAACGUUUUCGCUCAAACACCAUUGAAGUGGACGACUGUGACUUUUUGCCCAUGACGGCAUAUCCGCCUUCGCAUUUGCAUAUGCAAACGACGACACCACAACAAAUACAGCUGCUCGAGCAGCUGGAACAUUUGCAACGUCUUGCCGAAUUGGCUGCCAGUGAAUCACCACCGAAUACGGCGAACGUCGUAGCAGCAGCAGGACUACAAUCACAACCACAACUGCCAACACAACUUAUGGUGACAGACAAUAGCGGCGAUUUAGUCGAGCAAUAUUUUCUCGAUGCCGGCCAACCAACCAGUCUCAUAAUGAUGGACAACAGUAGCGGCGGCAUCGGUGCCAAUGUAGCAACACAGCCACGUCUCACACAAGAUCCUCUAACACAAACACAACAACAACAGCAGCAGCAACAACAACUACAACAACUCAAUACAUUUAAUCCACCUCAAUACCCACCUCCACCACAUACAAUACCCACCAUACAAUUCCCAGAGUUUCAAACGCAUGCUGCCAAUUUCACGCAUUUCCCUUCCGAUCCAGGUUUUGCUUCCGAUAGUCUUUUAGGUGCCAUGGAAGCCGAGGCCGCCGGCAUGGGUGGCGGCGUCGGUGGUGGUGUUGCAAUGCGUGGUCUUAAGCGUCUAACAUCACCAGUGGUGAACUUUUUUCGUCAGCAUCCCCAGCAUUUUGGCUUAACGGUUGAUGCCGGUCAGCCUCAUGCCCAUACCGUGUCCUCAUCACCCUCUUCGUAUGUAGGCUACAUACGCGAUCACUACGACAAUACGUGCAGUCAUUGUCAGAAUGGCAGCCAGCCGGUGGUAUUAUCCACUAAUGCCGCCUUGGCCUCAUCCGGCGUAACCAUAGGGGCUUGUGCUGAUCCCUACUGUUUGGUAGACGCUCAUCCACAUCCGCAACAUCACCCUGUCGCCUAUCCCUACACAGCGGAACAGCUGUUGCGACGACCAUCCCUAUCCAUGUUUCAGCCCUCCUCGUCGGAGCCCUCACUGCCCACCACCGAUACGGCAAUGUGCGGUGAAUGUGUGGAUCAACACUUUGUCAGCGGCUUGACUGCCCCUCAGUUAGAUUUAGGCGCCGUACCCACUUACCAUGUCCAUACCCCUACACCAACAGCGCACAAAAAGGCCAAAUCCUCCUUGGCCCCUCCCCCUCAGUUGCCUACACAGUCGGUGUUACGUUUGUCCCGUCAACUAAGCGAAGAUGCUCUAGUCUCGGCAGUGCCCAUAGCCGAGGCCAAAGCCCAACCUCCUUCAAUCUUAAAGAAACCCAAAAUCGGUAUACCCACGGGUCGUACACCGCUGGAUCGACGAAAAAUGUUUCAUGAGGGACAAUCGCGCUCUCUGGACUAUGACGACUUACAUGCCAAAAGCUGGGGUCGUCGACGCAUACGCUACGAGGACGAGGUAUAUCCAGCUCAAUUUGAUGAAGAACUUUCACGACGUUAUGGUUCUGAAACGAACAUACGUCAGUCGUACAUGGGGGCCAAUGUUGAUGCCAGUAAUCCGCUCAGCCAUUCGCAUUUCCUGGUGACGGACGAUAAAAUUGUGACCAUUACAUAUGACUCGGACGUGGGUUGGACUAGACGUGGUGUGGCUCCCUCGCAAUUUCGCGAUUCUCGACGCCGCUACGAUGUGGCUCGUGAACGUAACCACAUGUCCCUUGACUUGGACCGUUCGACUCAUGACAAGCUUUAUGGUAGUGGUUCGGCGGCUAUGCCAUAUCAGAAACGCCGUCGCAACUUGCCGCAUCCUCCUAGUGCACAAAAUGCUCAUAACUUUUCGCCCGUAGAACCGGGCUCUCGUAUGCCCUACGAUGAUGAUGCUCACAUGGGCUCCGGUCCACACGCAUCUGCAUCAAUGUCGCACGGUGGCAUGGUUAAUGGUCACGCAGCUAGUGAACGACCGGGACCGGUGGGCGACACUGGUCGUUCGGGACCACGUCCAUCGGCCAUGGCCUCGUCUGCCUCCUCGAAAAGGCAGAGCGGCCGUACACACCAACAACAUCUACACGAAACCGGCAGUGAUCGCAGUAAUCUCGUCAGUAUUAACGAUCAGCCAGAGUAUUUUGAGUACGACGAUUACGGCGAUCGUACUGCGUCACACAACACUUCACAACAUCACACCACAAAUCGCCAAUACAGUAGUAGUAGCGGUAGUGCUAUGCCAGUUAGUGGUAGCGGUAGUAUUAGACAAAGAGGGAAGGGAGAAGUUUUAGAACAACAGGCAGUGAAAACUGGCAGUGGGAGUGGUAGUGGUGCUGGCACUACAACUGCCACUGCUGGUAAUGUUGUUGCUGGUAGUAAUAAUGCUAAUAAUGCUGCUUCUUCUUCCUCUUUUGCAAAUUCCCAUCAUGGUGUCGCAAAUUCCACAUCACCCAAUAAACGUGCCUCAUUGAAACAUUCAACCACCAUCAAUAAUACUAACGACGUAAACGUUAACGCUGACGGAACGAUCACAUCAACUAAUCAACCAACAACAACAACUACUACAACAACAACAAUCAUACAAACCACUAAUCUCACAACAACUACAACAACAACCACAUCAACCUCAUCAACGAUAAAUGCAACAACGACAACAAAUGCUUCGCCAUCAAAUGCCAACAUGACUGUUGAUCCAACCUCAACCGAUGGUGCGGCUGCUGCGGCUGAUGGUGAUGCUGCCGUUGAUCUGGAUGCGGCCAUCGAUUGGGAUGCAAUUGAUGCAAUGCUGGAUGAUGAUUUUAGUGAAUAUGUUGAUACAAAAGCUGAAGGCGGUGAUAAAAAGGAUGAUCCCAACCAAAUACAGAGUGCUGAUGAAAAAGUCGAUGGCAGUUUAUCAGACACUGCCCAGGAUCGUAAAAAAGGUACUUUGGACCAAGAACGUUCACCCAAAAGCGGUAGUGGCAUGGGUAAAAAAUCCAACUCCACCUCCCAACUAUCUGCAACAGACCAAAAUGAGGCACAAUAUAGCACUACUACAACCACCACCUCCACUACAACCAACAAUAACAACACCACCUCUAACACAUCUCAUCAUCUUCAUCAAUUACAUCCAAUUCAUUAUCAACGUCAAUCGCGUGGUUCAGCUGGUAGUAUACAAAGAUCUGUUGAAGUUACACCAUCGACAUCUAUAAUGCAAUAUCGUACCGGUAGUAUACAUUCAUUACCCAGCUCAGAAGCCUCAUCAUAUUCACCCACCAUUAGAGCCGAUGAACAAAUUAAUCAAUUUGUAGAAGGCUUGGGACCGGGACAAUUAGUAGGUCGCCAGGUAUUGGGGGCUCCUUCUUUGGGUGAUAUACAACUGUCGCUGUGCUGUCAGAAAAACUGUCUAGAGGUGGAGGUUAUAAGAGCCAGAGGUUUACAGCAAAAACCCACAUCCAAAAUGUUACCGGCUCCUUAUGUUAAAGUUUAUUUGGUUUCGGGCAAAAAAUGUAUAGAUAAAAUGAAGACAUCAACGGCUCGUCGUACUUUGGAACCAUUGUAUCAGCAGCAAUUGGUUUUUCAGCACUGCAAUACUAAAGGCUGUGUUUUACAAGUUACCGUUUGGGGUGAUUAUGGCCGCAUUGAAAAGAAAGUAUUUAUGGGCGUGGCCCAAAUAAUGCUGGAUCAGAUAGAUCUAUCGAAUGGCAUUGUAAUUGGCUGGUAUAAACUAUUCGGCACCACAUCACUGUAACCUUUACAAAGGGCUGCCACAUUAGCAGCCAAUUAGUUAAAGCCUAAAGUAACAGAAAAAAAACAAGAAAGAACAAACCUGAAGGAGAUACUAUCACUCAAAAGUUAAAACUAGAAACGGGGAAACUGAGUAAAAAGAAGUUAAAGAUGGAUCAUUAUACAAAAAAGAAUAUCAUUUUUUUAAAGCAUUUUCCAAUUAACUACUUAAGAAACAGAAAAUAUUGCAAAAGAAAAACACUAAUCAGGACAUUUAAAGGUUUAAAAAAUCUAAAAAUAAAAAUUAAAUAAAAAACAAAAAUAAAA